AUGCCUUUUUAUUCAUGUCACAAUGCAAAGAUGCAGAGGACAAUCAUUGUUCGUAGGAACUAUCUCCACUUUGUGAAGAAGUAUCAAAGAUAUGAGAAAAGGCACUCAAACAUUCCUGCUCAUGUUUCACCAUGCUUCCGUGUCAAAGAAGGAGAUCACGUUAUCCAUAUCUUGGCCACUGUCAAAGACGGUGAGGUUCAACGUCCUGAAGGUCAUUCCAGCUGGGAGCUCUGCAUUUGGGAAGAAAGCAUUUACUGGAAUGUAAAGAAGCUCUCAGACUUUUUGAAAAUUUUCCAUGCAAAGAGA